GUCCUCCAUGAUGCGAAAGGCAAAAUCGAUUGUCCAAAAAAAAAAGGAAAAAAACAUAAAAGCGGAGGCGAGGGAAGCAACCACCGCAAAGAUGGCGAAAGAUAGUUGUUUAACCAGAAUCGUUGCCGGAGCUGCCAUCGGCGGCGCAGUUGGCGGCGCUGUAGGUGCUGUCUAUGGAACUUACGAGGCGAUUAGAUUCAAGGUCCCUGGGCUAAUGAAGAUAAGGUACAUAGGGCAAACGACCAUGGGGAGCGCAGCAAUUUUUGGGCUUUUCCUAGGUGCCGGCAGUUUGAUACACUGUGGAAAAUAAGCUUUUAAGUUUGUGCCCUGUUGAAAGAUUUGUUUCUUUUCUGAAAGACAUUGAUCUUUUUUUUUUAAUUCAAUAAGUUUUUUUUUGUGGUGAAUCAUCAUCUCUUGGGUUUUGAUGUUUUGUUUCUUUUGCAUGAUGUAACAAUCUCGUUAAUGAAAAGAUCAUGUUUACAAGCUU